GCUUCACUUGCCUGCUUCAGCUCCAGCCACCACUUCUCAUCUGACAUGAAGGUCUCUGUGGCUGCCGUUGCCAUUCUCAUUGCUGCCUUCUGCUACCAGACCUCUGCUGCACCAAUUGGCUCCGACCCACCAACCUCCUGCUGCUUCACCUACACGUCCCGGCAGCUGCCCCGCAGCUUCGUGGUAGAGUACUAUGAGACCAGCAGCCAGUGCCCCCAGCCAGCAGUCGUGUUUAUCACAAAGAAGGGCCGCCAAGUCUGUGCUGACCCCGAUCAGGACUGGGUCAAGCAGUACAGGAAUGACCUGGAGCUGCAGUGAGAUCCUGCCACCCAUGUCUCCCAUUGCUGGGAUGAGAGAGCCCCGGCCAUCUGCGGGCUCCAUCAGAAACACUUGCAUGGCAUUUAAAGACAGCUGAGAAACUGAAAAUGGUCCAGAAUGUAACUUUGGUGGUUUGCUAUUUAUUUUUUUUAUAGGGGAGAGAUAAGGUGCAAUAAUUCAAUUGCAGACAAACAAGAAUAUUAUUUAAAAGAUAUAUUUUUUUAAAAUGCAGACUCAUGCACAGGUUAUAUUUUCUGUAUUUAAUGAAUUGAAUUUUUGAUGUAAUAUUUAAUUAAAAUUUCAAUAAAGAAAUAUUUUUCUAAAAAA